CGAAAUUUCUUUUCGACGCGAGUCGAAAUUAUCAAGUGAGAAAUUGUGUCAGAAAAACGAAAGAAGAUGGGCGAUCAAAACACUUACGGAGGCGCGUCCGAGGGAGGCAGACACGUGGUUGAGGAAACGGGCAAAGAGUUAGGCGAGCCCAUGGAAGAGGAUGACAAGACACGAGAAGAUCGUCGCAGACGAAGAGACGGGAGACGAGGAGGAUGCGAUUGCGUAACGAGGAGAAGAGGAGUUCGACGAAAGAUUAUUUCGCAGAAUCCUUUUAUCAUCUUCUUUCUCGAGAUGUACUACAGGACGCCCGACAAACAUGUGACCGAUGUGGCUCGCGAAGCCGGCAAGGCGUGGCGCGCCUUGUCCAUAGAAGAAAAGAAAAAGUACAUACUUCUGGCGGAAAGGGAACGAAAACGACGAGGAAAAUUGCGCACCACGUGGGAGGAGAGAAGAAAAGCUUUAGACGCGCUCUAAGUACGUGAAAAAAAGAAAAGAAACCGCAGCUUUCGGACAUCGUUAAAUUUCUUUCGAAGAGAAUCGCACGCACAUUGAAAAUGAGAUACGGGAGAUAUUUGCGGUAAAAUCUGCGACUUUUAAACAGUAAAAAAAAAAAAAAAAAAAAAAUGACACGGACGUAUCACAAACUAAGACACUUGGAAUCGCGACUUGAUUUUGUGGAUUAUAAUUCGUAGCGCAUUAUUAUGUACAACGCGACAAUAUUUUUUGGAAUUUUUUUUUAACGUCGAAUUACGUGCUCUAAAUGAGAAUGCGAAUAUGAGAAACAAUGGCGAGCAAACACAAAGAGAACAGAGAGGAAAAUACAAGCGAGUCAUUGUACAAUUUUGUGAGAAACUCGGUGAACCUUUUUAAACCUGUACAGUUUUUAAACAAUGUUUUAAUUAAAUUUUACUUUUGUUUUUACAAGUGGCUACACUCUACAAGUCUCUAUACAAGUCUGCUUUUAUUAUAAUUAGAUCGCAAAUGAUCUUUG